CUCUCUCUCUACUUUGCAAAAGAGUAUAUUCACAUUCACAUUUUGGACUGGGGAGGUGAAUCGUGGGUGAUUAAAACCUGCUUUUUUGUGGGGAGAGAACCAGAUGCCCUCUUUUUGAUGUGUGAGUGGGUGGUGUGCCUGUUUGUUUUUCUCUCCCAAAAAUAAAACUCUCUAUUUUACUCUACAGUUCCUCCUCUCUUACUCCUUUACACCCCAUUUUUCUCCUGAAAACCCUGGAGAUAAAAGGAAACAAGGGUGAUGGAUGAAGAUUCGAGUUGGGUUUCUUUGAUCUUAUAAUACCUUGUUGUUGCUGCUAUAUAUAGAUAUAGUGGUGGGGUUUGUAGCAGAGAGGGAAAAGCUUGUGAGAGAUAGAGAGGCCUGUUGUUGUUAUAUAUGCUGAAGGCUAAGAAGAUAAGGCCCAGUGGAAGAGAGAGUAGUAGUAGUCGAAGUAGAGCUUGUGACUGUUUCAAAAACAGCACAAAAAGAGAGAAGCUUUGCAUCAGAUGUUAUCCGUUGAAAACCCUCCACCAGAUCCUUCAUGUUCUUGCCAAAUUCCUCAUCUGAAAAGUUCGAGUGAUGAGAGGGAAGCUUCUCAUUUUCCCUUGCCAGAGGUAGAUCUGCCUAAGCCACCACCACCACCCGUUAAUGAUCGUACCCCACUUUCUAAUUUCUCUAUAAGGGAUUAUGUUUUUACUGCCCGGAGCAAGGAUAUCAAGACCAACUGGCCUUUUUCUCUGAAGAGUUUGCAACUUUGUUUCAAACAUGGAACCAAGGAUGUAUUGCCACCAUUUCAAUCAACUGACAAGGUGGGGAAUCAAUCAUUAAAGAGAUGCAUGGUUGAAACUAGUGGUUCGUCUGAUAAGCAAAAGAUUAGGAACUUUGCUGGAGAAAGGUGUUGGGAGGACAAUCACGUGGUGAUAGACUCUUCUAGUAAUGCUGGAUUGAACGGUCAGAUAGAAGAAGCUUGUGCGGCUGCAAGUUUGUGUAGAUCUGGGGGAGAAAAUGAUUUCCAAUCAACAAGUGUUUCUCAAUCUGAAAUAGAGUCAGCUCCUAUUAACAGACCAUUGAGUUCAUUGUUCGAAACUGAUACUUUGUUGGACUCCCCAGCUGAAGUUGAGGUUGUUGGUCCUCCAGUUAAGCGCAAGGGUGAAAACCAUACUCAACCAGUGAAGAAGAAGUGCAGAUUGAUAGUGAAAUUUGGUGCCAAUUCUGAUCGCAGUUCCAUUGAAGAUAUCAGCUCUAGCUUAACCACUGUACCAGAAACAAUGGCUUCUAAAGUUUGCCCUGUUUGCAAAACAUUUUCAUCUUCUUCAAACACGACCUUGAAUGCUCACAUUGAUCAGUGCCUUUCUGAAGAGCCAACCCCCAAGUGGACAUUGGAUUCUAAGCUAACGAAGCAUAGAAUCAAGCCAAGGAGGAUGAGACUUAUGGAUGAUAUUUAUGCAAUGGCGCCUCAUUGUACGUUGGAAGAGCUUGACAGAAGAAAUGGCACAAGGUGGGCUAUAUCUUCAGGUUUGCCUGCUCAGGAAACUGAGAAGCUCGAGAGAAAAACUGAAGGGAAAAAACAAAGGGUGUCAUCGGUUCAUCCUGAGGAUGUUGGUCCCGUUUAUAUCGAUGCCAAUGGCACCAAGCUUCGAAUUUUGUCAAAAUCUAAUGAUAUACCUUCUUCCUUCUCAAAAUUAGAGGCAAAUUCUGGACCAAGGAAAUCUUUGAAGAGUCGUAAAGGAAGCAAGUUGCUUUCAAUGAAAAACAAGCUCCAUGCACAGAAACAUCUCAAGUAUCUGAAACAUGCUCCUGAAAGCAAAAAAUAUUUCUCCCACAAGGCCGAUGGUUCUCAGGUAAAGAUUCGUGGGAAUCAGAAACAGUGUCUUGGAGUGAAAAUAAGCUGUGGGGAAGAACAACUAAUGAUGAAGCAAUUCAAACCCAUUGAUGCUGGGAGUCUAACGCAAUGGAUGUGUUCCAAGCGAAGAGGUUUUACAAAGAAACCUGAUGAUCAAGACAGCAACCAUCCUUCAAGAUGGAAAAGGCGUGUUGCCGAGGAUUUUCCAGCUGAGGAUUGUUACCAGUCUCUAGGUGAUUCUUCUGCAGAGAAGAAUUAUGUGUAUAAAUUUACAAAUCUGACCGAGGAUCCAGUUGCUUCUCCUCAAACCAAUUUGGGAAUGGAGAAACUAUUUUAUGAAGCUUCUGUUAGUGGCACUGGCAAUAGAGAGCAGUCUUCUGGAAGGACAAUGGUGGGAAGUCCCUUAAUUGGAUAUGUGGAGAGGACGUUAUCUCCCAUUAAAGAAAACUCGAAUAAGUUCAGCAAGGAAGCCACCACUUUACAUGAUAACUUCAUGUUAAGCUCUGCAGGAAAUCAUAUAUCUUCACUGAGCAAGAAGUCAACAGAUUCCAACGCUGGUCCACACAAUAUUUCUGGUGUUGGUUCAGUUGCUAUCACGAAAUCAUACAGGAGUGGUCAAGCAGUUGUUCCUAAACUUUUGAGGUUAUCCUCCGGCAAGGAAGAUGCCUUGUCUGUGAGCAGCCAGCACCCUCCCAGUGAAUUUCCAUCUGGCACAAUUAAGAAAGGUUCUGCCCAUAAGAAAUCGCAGGCACAUUUACUGGCAGGAGUAGACAAAAAGGUACUGACUUGGCAUUCAAAGCCAGGUUAUAGUGGAAAUCAAGCUGAACAGCUCACAAAAGAAGUGUCUCAGGGGAGAAGGGCUGUACUGGAACUUCGACAACUUAGAGAGGCAAUGGGAAAUUCUCAAAGAAAAAAAGCCAUGGCACUGAAUAGCUCAAGAUCCACAUCUCAUGCUCUUGGUCAUGCUGAAGGGGUACACAUGGAUGGUUCUGUUAAAGUUGGUAAAGAAGUUGUAAGAGUUGUUGGUCUCGAAUCUGGUAGAGAUGAGACUGGGAUCCAUGAGGACACUAUCAUUGAACCAUCAUCCUUGGUAGUUGAUGUGGGAAGUGUUGCUAAAUCUCUAGAUAAAGAACGUGACAAGAACGCCAACUACAUUUCUCACCAUUGCACUGAUGGUUAUGAGGGCCUUUUACAUGGGGCUGAAGCACCAAGUAGUCUGAACGAGCCAUGUUACGAGAACAAACAAGUGAUGUAUUUUGCUGAAGAAGUGGCAAAUGGCAUGAUUGGACCAAAUGAUCGUUUGGGGGCAGAAAUAGAUGUUGAGCAACAUAACUAUUUUCCUGAGGUUGAUCCAAUACCUAUACCAGGACCACCAGGAUCAUUUUUGCCGAGCCCUAGAGGUGUGGGAUCAGAAGAUUUUCAAGCAAACUCAUCAUUAACCACAAAUCAGGUCCAGUCUCCUCAAGAUCAGCGUGACUUGCUUCAUGGAGAUUCAUCAGAUUCCCCUCUAUCUGCUGCAUCUACCGUCUGUGACACCGUUGCAGGCAUAUCUGACUAUAAGUAUCCUGAAGCGUCAUCAUUGGUAGGGCCUUAUGCAGUUCACGAUAACCAUAGGUCAGGCUCCACGCACUCUAGCAUAAAACCUUCUGUUGAAAAUUUUGUUGCACUCUCACUGAUCUCAAGGACUGGAGCUUACAAUGAGAAGUGUCUUAAAUUGAACAAGGCUUCAAUUGAAAGAGGCUCUUUUGGUUUUAAAAGGGACGAUCUACCCUGCUAUUGCCAAAGGAAUGAGAGACUUAGUCAGGGCAUUGCUUUAAAUUAUCAGGAAUCGGAACCAUUAAGGCGUAGGAAAAUAGCCUCAGUUACUAUGCCUACCAUGGGAAAGCAAAUGGGCUACAAUUUCAACACAAGACCCACUAAUUUGGAUGUGAGGUUUCCUCCGAGUAGUUGCACAGGGUCUGAAAAAGCAGUUUGCCCCUUAUUUAAAUCCAUGGCAGGCUCUAUGUCUUCAACGAACUCACCAGAUGCAGGUGUGAAAUUUUCAGCUCAUGAUGACCGUAAUUCUACUAGUGCAUCAGCUGCUUCUAAUCCUGUGCUGAGGCUGAUGGGAAAGAACUUAAUGGUGAUCAACAAAGAAGAAGAUGCAUCUAGGCCACAUGGGCAGUCUGAACAACUUGCCCUUAACGACCAUGUCGCCUCUCAGUUUCCUGCAAUUUCGAGAAGCUCUACUGUCAGAGUAGAAUAUCAAGAGGGUCAAUCAUUUCAUAGUAUGGUCCCUCAAGCAUCUUUGAUAAUUGGUCAAGAUCAUCAUAGCACAGUGGGGCAAUGGUCAGCUUUUAGAAGUCACUGUGAUUUGAAGUCAAAACAAGAAUCUGAAAGAGUGGAAGCUCAUAUUUGUCUAGACCCAUACAUGGGUGGCAGGUUCGGUAAGUCAUCGAAGCCUCCAAUGCAUGAAGGGGAUCCACCAAACCGACUGGCUAAUCAGAAGAACAGAUUGGUAAAUAAAGCGAGUUUAGUGUUAGAUAUGGAGAGAGGUAGCAGAACUGUUGAUCAGGAAUGCAAGCAUGCAGAUCCAUCUGCUAAUCACAUGAAAGAAAUUGUCGUAAUUGAUGAUGCUCCUGAAGGUGAAUGCUCUACCGUGAAUGUUGUGAAAUACUCUGAAGACUGGAGGGGAAGGCAAGUGGUUUUUUCGGGCAAGUCAAAUGCAGCAGCUUCUCCUUAUAAUUCGAGACGUUUGAGUACUCCACCUCGUUAUCAGGCACGAGAGCUUCCUCUCCCUGACGAUCGGUCAGUGCAGCAUAAUCCCAACUUUCAUGCUGCAACCACCUCAAGGCUAGGUGUUGGACCUGGUGCUGUUAGGUGGAGUAGUUGUAUCAAAGAAGGUUCGAGUGUGCUGCCACCAGGUGUUUUGAUGGGUCAAUCUUCAUCGACAGUUCCACUGAGAUCUGUGCUCUGUUAUUCUCCAAGCUUUUGAUUGCUGCUAAAUAAUGGUGGUUAGAGCAAGGGAAGCCACCAUGAGUUGAGCCGUAGAGAUGCUGGAAAUUGACUAGUUUGCAUGUACUUGUAUUAUUUCAUGUCAGGCCCGUUUAAUUUAGUAAUGCAGUUUUUAGGGGUCUGGCUAUGCAACGGAACCUUAAAAAGAUUUUGGAUAAACUUGUUUAUGUGUGACAAAUCUCUGAAUAAUAAGUUAAAUGAGGAACCUUGACGGAAGUCGAUGAAAGUUUAUAGAAUA